AUGGAGAAACCCGCGCCUCCAGCGUCUCUCCAGCGGUUGAACCAUGAGGGAGACCGGCGUGCCAGAGAGCUGUUUCACUAUUUCCAACCUGACAAUCCGGCGCUGUUGCCCACCAUCACCACUGGAGGCCAGAUUUGUCCACCCCCGACAUGCACGCAGUCCAAGGCCAGUCCGAAUCUUGUUCUGACAGCGCUGAGUCAGUUGGCGGCGGUCAAACUGGGGGUGCAACGGGCCAUCAUCAGUCUGAUCGACCGGGAAACACUCUACGUGGUGGCUGAAGCAUCAAGAUCGCUGAACCUCGGCGACAAUGAUCUGUACGGUGAUGAUGGUGAUGAGUUGUGGAUGGGAUGCUCUCAUGGCCCCGUCGCGGGCACCCUAUGCGAGAAGACAAUCACUUUGCAUCCAACCGCGGCGGACAGGUGCCCCUUAUUUGUGGUGGAUGACCUCCAACAGCAUGCGAGAUAUUGCAACCUCCCUUGUGUCGCCGGCUCCCCCUAUUUCCGCUUCUAUGCCGGUACUCCCCUGACGACCAGUAAUGGCAUCAACAUUGGUAGUCUAUAUGUUAUUGAUCCCCGGCCUAAUAUCCGCCUCACAGCCACUCACAGGGAGACCCUCGGCCUAAUAGCCACUGCCGUCAUGGAGUAUCUGGAUACCUCGCGUCAAUCGCUUGAGAGUAGCCGUCUGACCAAGUUACUGUCUGGACUCAAUUCGUUCGCACAGGGAGAAGUGAGCAGCGGAGUUGCGGGCCCAUUAUCAAGAACGUCCAGUACAUCGGAUCUGGAUCGGUCUCCCACGCCGAGUCCUCCACAGACUCCGCCUGUGGAGUCGAAUUGCAAGGAUGCACUACCAAACGGUGAUAUCCCCCCUAUCGCCAUCACGCCGAAAGUGGCCACCAUGGAAGAUUCUUCAGCAGGUGCUCUUCAUGAUGAUCCCCCCAGCCACCGUAGAGUGUCGACCUUCCAACGCGCCGCACAUCUCAUGCGAGAGAGCUUAGAUCUGGGCGACGACGGUGGGGUCGUGAUCUUCGAUGUCAACGACUUGUCCGAAGUUGACCCAGAGGAGGAUGUAUCGGCGGAACUACCUGGGGCAUCGCGGAUGACUGCCCAUAUUCGCGCUAUGUCUAUCAAAGGAGCAGAGCGUGAUGAUGUUGUAGAGGACCCAUCGGCUGCAGUCCCAGCCACACAGAUGGACCGCCGGUUUCUGAAGCGCAUGAUGCACCGCUUCCGUAAAGGAGCUCUGUGGUACUUCCACCAGGACGGGACCACCUUCUCCUCUGAUGAGGAAGCAAGUAGGCCAAGCUGCGAUUUCGAACAGUCCGAACUAGCCUCUCAGUCGUCCAGGUCACUCGACCCUCGAUCACAAGGUACUCUAAGGGAGAAGGAUCUGCAGCUCCUCCAAAAAUACUUUCCCAGAGCCACACGAAUCAUCUUCGCCCCGCUCUGGGAUUCAUUUAAUUCAAGGUGGUUCGGCGCAUGUUUCUGCUGGAGCUUGGUUGAGACUCGGAUCUUCAGUUCCCACGUCGAGCUGGGCGGCGUGCUGGGAUUCGGGGCAUCGUUAAUGGUGGAGCAUAGCCGGGUGUUGAGUCAGGAAGCAGACAAGAAAAAGGGUGAUUUCAUCAGCAGUAUCUCACACGAACUUCGCAGUCCAUUGCAUGGCAUUCUCGCCGCGGGGGAAUUUCUGGCCGAGCAGGUCCUUCCAGAAUUCCCACGAUCGCUCUUAGAUACAAUUCGCGCAUGUAGCCAAACACUUCUCGACACAUUUGAGCAGAUUCUUGAUUUCAGCAAGAUCAAUUCGUUUAGGAAAAAGCGACGGGAUGCCGGUCCGCCAUUGCUCCAUGGUGACCGAGGCUCGGUGAGGGCGCAUCCCAAAUCACAUUCCUUACAUAUUCUGAAAGUCGCCAAUGUCGUGAGUAUUAUUGAGGAUGUCAUCGAAAGUAUCUGCUUUGGGGUGAAGUUUGGCGCUGCUGGAGGAAGCGGCCACCUCAGCAUGGACCCAACAGUCGUCAAAAAUAUCGAUAUAUGUAUCGAUGUCAGCCCGGAUGACUGGGUGUUCGUUCUUGAACCUGGGGCUUUGCGACGCAUCGUGAUGAACGUAUUCGGCAACGCUCUCAAGUACACGCGCCAAGGUUACAUCUCAGUGCACAUUGAGAUUCAAAAGGGCAGCAAUGGUCUCCCCGGUCAGACCGUGGACGGUUCUGAUACGCUUCUCCUGACUUUCUCUGACACCGGCAGAGGAAUUUCAAAUGAAUAUCUGCGUUCCCAUCUGUUUACGCCGUUUUCUCAGGAAGAUCCCUUGUCACCCGGUACUGGGCUUGGACUAUCGCUCGUCCAGAGUAUCGUCCGAUCACUGCACGGCAGCAUCAAGGUCAAGUCUCAGGCCGGGGCGGGAACCGUCGUCAAAAUCUCACUACCACUCGCGCGGCCGCGCGGACAACAUCAUCUAGAGGGCCCAACCAGCCUAAACGGGACUGUACCUACUGCUUCGACAGACACCAUCGAACUGGUGACGCGACAGCUCCGAGGGAAGACUGUGUGUUAUGUGCCUCCUACGAAUACGACAUCACAAACGCUACCAUCCGCGCGCACCAUCGCCGACUAUCUGACGCACUGGUAUGAACUCCGACUCGAGCCAUGGAAGGCAGGUAUCCAUGCAGACCUGUUGAUUGUGGAUGAGUCCCAGAUGCAAUUUGUCAGCACAUCUUCAGAAGGAACAAAGAUACUGGUGUUAUGUCACACGGGGUUGAAGGAACAUCCGACAUUUUCCACUCUAUCUCAAGCCUGCAGGAGGCUUGAAUGGCUUAAUCUUCCCUGUGGCCCGUAUAAGCUCGCUCGGGCAAUCCGGCAUUGUCUACAAGCAACGUCUGAGCCGCAUGCGCUCGAUGGUGUGCCGGCCUUAAUGACUGACCUUCGAAUCUCGCAGGCUAAGCCGGCAGUCGAUGGUAACGUUCCCACGGGGGCAGCGCCUCUCUGGGCCGCGGGAAAUCCCAAGUCCCCGAGGUCCGAUCAAGGUAUUCUGAAUUCGAAUCUCGAUUCGAAGAUUGCAUCUCCCACUAGGACAUCUGCGAAUUCCCCUUCAGUGGGGCUGCACGACCUCCGAAUUCUCCUUGUGGAAGACAACCCUAUCAACAUGUCCCUGCUGCAAAAGCUCGUAUCUCGGCAGAGUCCCACUGUUCUCGACACGGCCGUGGAUGGUCAGAAGGCUGUCGACGCCGUGAAGAUGAUGGCUGACGGCUAUCACCUCAUUUUCAUGGAUAUGUCAAUGCCCGUUAUGGACGGCUUCGAAGCAACACAAGCAAUUCGAGCCAUUGAGAGAGAGCGCAAAGAAGCGUGCCCUGCAACGAUCGUGGCACUCACGGGUCUGGGAUCAGACGAACAUAUCGUGAAGGCCUAUGCUGCAGGGGUGAACGUUUUCAUCACGAAGCCUGUGUCGCUCAAGGAAAUUACACGUUUGAUGAAUGACUGGAAGAAGGGCAUAUCUGCCGGCGAGCAGGGGCAGACUCCUUCCGCCUAA